AUGGUGAAAAUAAAGAAAAAAUCUACCUUAAGAGAUAAAUCGCAACGUAAAUCGCAACUUGCCAAUAAGAUUUCGGAAUUUAAGGAAUCAUCACAACCACAAGAUGAACCAGACUAUCAUGAAAACCCGUUGCUUAAAAUUGCAAAAACUACAAAGAAGCAGAAGCAGCAAGAGAAAAGUGACAAGUUUAUCAACAACUUGGUAAAUAAAGUUACAUUCAAUACCAGUGGAAGUAUUAGUAAGUCUUCAUUGCGUAGACAAAAGAGGAAACAAAGGGAGCAGUUGAAGCCAAAGAUGGAUGAAUUAUUGCUGAGUUUGCCCACUGGAGAAGAGCCGCAAACUAAGCUGACAAGAUUGGUCCAGAUGCCAAAAACCGAGUUUGUUGAUAAUACUACAAAGACAAAGUCUAACAAACCCAACCCAACGAAGACCACGGGCCACAAAAAAAUUAUGAUAGAAGAGCAUAAGAAUUUUGGUAACGUUUUGAAGAAUCCCGAGUUUAGAAAGUCUCCAUUUGAUGCAUUGAAAAGUGCAAUUAAACAAAAUAUGAGUUAG